CCCCCCCCCAGCGCGUGGGGCGAGAUCGAGAAGCAAUGCUGCGCAGAGCGAGGCCAAUACGGUACCCGGCGUGCUCCGCGCCGAAGGUGCCGGAAGUGAGUGUGCAUUUCCGGCGGCAGGGUGGCCCGGCCUCCUGCUCCUGCUCCUGAGGGUGAACGGCUCUCUCUGUCUCCCGCUGCUUCCCCGGUCCCGGCCUCGCCAUGAAGGACGUGCCGGGUUUCCUGCAGCAGAGCCAAAGCUCGGGGCCCGGCCAGGCCGCCGUGUGGCACCGCCUGGAGGAGCUCUACAACAAGAAGUGAGGCGGGGUGGGGGGGCGGCUGGGGGAGCCUGCGGGAGGUGGGGAAGGGGCGCUCUGCCGUUUUCCCUGGGGCGACUCGGUGCCUUUUUCUGGAGAUGAUCCGCUGGGGGGUCUCUUGCUCUUGAAGGCCAACCCCCCCGUUCAGGAAGCUGGUGCAUCGGGCCUCACUCCCGAGAUGUGUGGGCAGGCUGCUUGCCCUAGGAAAAUGGUGGACAGGCACGCGUCGCUUGCCUUGGGCCAAGGUGGCAUAAGCACAACAGGGUCGGAAGUGUGAAUCACUUGGCCGUCUCCAUUGAGGCUCUGCGCUGGCCUGGUUGCCAAAACGUGUGUGUGUCGUGCAAGGGCUUCUAUUCAUAUAACUCGUGUUUGAUUUGGGUAAAUACACCGUUGAGGGUUUGCUGUGAUCUCCUGGCUACUGUACUCUUGCUCUCCCUCAUUUUGUAAAAUUGACAGCCUGUCCUUUGCCAUUUCCAUUGUCAUGUGUGUAUGUUUUACAGACUCUGGCACCAGCUGACCCUUCAGGUUCUGGACUUUGUGCAAGACCCCUGUUUUGCCCAAGGAGAUGGACUCAUCAAGGUAAUCUCCCAAGUCUUACCUUAGUCAUUGAGAUGGUGAUGGGUUGCAUUAUUUGUAUUCUAAUUCACAAGAUUCUUGGAAUUUCCAUAAAUAAGAAAAAUUAAAAUCAAGAGUAGUGUAAAUGUAUACCCCUGGCUUCUUGUGAAUACAAACGUUGCCAAUGAUGAGGCAUUUAGGGGAACUCCACUGAACACAUCAGUUCCAGGGCUUUGUAGCUGAUGUCCACAUUUUUUUGCUUUGUAAAUUCUGUUGACUUCUGUAUCGCUUUUUUUGGCAUUUGGGAUCACAUUUUUAUUCUUUCCAGAAGUGAAAGGGUGCAUUUUGUAAAUACUGUAUAAUGCUGGUACUCUAAAUAGAUGGUGCAGAAUGGUAUGAGGUGACAUUGCAGUGAUAAACUGCCAGAUUAUGCCUAGUUAUGCCUACCAGUCCUCUGAAUUUUGACUACCAGGCCAUUUUUGGCACAAACAACAUGACCUGUCAGUCAUCUGACACCAUAUGACAUCAGGCAUGUAUAAUCUGUUAUCUCCAGUCUAAGUGCUGUUUGUCAAGACUGGAAAUAAGGGAUCUCCUUUCUCCUAUCUUAGUGCUAAGCACUAUAGUGCUAAAAUUAGAAAUAAGCCCAAGCGUAUCAAAAAAACAGGCAGUACUGUUGAUCCACAGUACUAACAGCAGAUAUAAGUCUGUGCCUGCUCCCAUGGUUUGAAGUUUGAAUACCUGGUGUCAUAUUAUAUUGGGUGAUUGAGAGGUGGAUAGCCCCACCCACCUGUCAGAAUGGCAGGUGGAUGAUGUACCAGUUCUGGAUCCAGCCCACCCUGUAUUAUAGUUUAGAAAAUACUAAAUGAAUGAAGGGUUGCUUUAAAGGAGGACAACAAGACAGACAUUUGUAUGAAAAACAAGAAAGAUUGAAGGAACUGGAUAUGUUUGGUCUGGAAAAGAAGAUUGAGAGGGGAUAUAGAAGUUGGAAGGGACCCAAAGGUCAUCUAGCCCAGCCCCUUGCAAUGCAGAAAUCUCAGCUAAAACAUCUGUGACAGAUGGCCAUCCAACCUCUGCUUACAAACCUCCAAGGAGGCAGAGUCCACCACAUGAUAGCACCGUUGAAAUAGAGGCGCUCACAUAGAAAUGAUCACAUACUUGUUAUACCUAGAGGGCAGGACUGACUGGUUUCAGUUACAGAGGGAUAGAUUUCAGUUCAGUAUUAAGAUAAAAUGUUUUACUGGUAAGAGCAGGGUUAGUGUUGCCAGCCUUCAUGUCACAUAAUUUGCAGACAUAUUUGUAGCACAGAGUUGGUCUGCUAAUUGGCCUGGUGCCAGAAGCCAGCUCUCUGUAGAUCAGGUCCUUGGGGAUCCUGCCAUCUUCCAUUCUGUGUACAUGAGCAAGCCAGCGUACCUAAGCUAAACCAUGGCUUAGUGUAAAUUUAUGAGCUCUUGGAGAGAGAUCUUGGAGAGAGAUCACAUCUGCUUUGCUCUUUCUCUGGGCCUACUGGCAUGUUGUCCAAACCUGGGUUUUGAUGUUUCUCACUCCAGACAAGGCAUGAUUUGUAACAAAGGUGUUGUGGUCUAGUGCUGACCCGGGGCUUAAUAUUGAUUGUAAGGAAUUCCACGCACGCUAAUCAAACUGUAGAUACUGUCCUUGAUGUACUAAUGAUCAACUUGACUUGUUAACCAAAACACACUUGUACUGCUAAACUUACCACCUCUUUCUUUGAUUUACAGCUUUAUGAGAACUUUAUCAGUGAGUUUGAACACAGGUAAAGAUUUUAAAAUACUUAAAAUUUAGGGAAAACCUUACAUUUUAAGAUCAAUAUUUUAAUUAUAAAGUUAAACUUAAUUGCUAUUAAAACUUCAGUUGUUCAUGUUACCAUCUCUUUAUUUCAGGGUGAACCCUUUGUCCCUUGUAGAGAUAAUUCUUCAUGUAGUGCGGCAGAUGACAGGUAAAACAUCUUCAUUUUAUCAUAGCUAUCUUUCAUUAUGAACUGGUUCAGGGGGGGAAAUCUGAGGCCAACAACAAGACCUUUAGGAAAGUAACAAAGGAUUGAAGUAAGUCUUGGAGAAAGGGAAUUAUUCACAUUUCAGUCUUUGUGGACACUAGCCAUUAAUACUCCUUAACUUUGCUAUAAGGCCAGCAGAGAUGUAUUAAUGUAGAAUUUGAGAAUCUAAUCCUAGGAGUUUGAUGGACUGAAGGCCUCUUUUGGUGCUGGUUUCUCCCUGGGACUGAUCCAAGGAAGUAUCUGGGAGCUGGCUUUUGGCUUGCACAAUCACUCCCCCUCAGUGCAGAGAGAAAUGGAAUGCUCAAACAGGAGAUCUCAUGUUACUUUGAACACGAGCUCUCCUCUGACUUUGGGACAUUAAAUCAGGAGAUCCUUGAAACCAGAAGUCUGAGCAAAAAUUUUGUCGUUCAUUGUUUCUCGGAACGAAGGGAGGAAGCAUGCCUUGAAGCCCUCUACUCCUCUCCCCAAGGACAAUAUCAUUCAGGCAGGUCCUCAAUUCUAAAACUUUUGUGAUAGGAUCCAAUAAGAGGUUAUGUGAAUCUUAAUGUAAUUGCUUGCUUGUACCUCCUUAGAUCCUAAUGUAGCUCUUACUUUUCUGGAAAAGACCCGAGAAAAAGUAAGUAUGAUAUAUGACGGAUACUUUAUAUAGUACUUUGAUCCACUUGCAUGGAAUUGUUUUCAAUGCAGUUACUAGUUUUUAUUCAUUGCUGUAGCCUACUGAUGUUUUUAUCACUCGUUUUAAAGGGGUGUAGACUUAAAACUGUUGAUUUAAAAUAAGCAAUUAUAGGUUUUAUGUUACAGUUUCUGUGUACUAUCUUUUGUCCUGAAAAGCACAAUAUAAAUUAAUAGCACAUCUACUGAACUGGCCAACAAGCUAUGCUUCACUGCCAGUAAGAAAAUGAUCAAGGAUAGUUAUACAGCCAAAUUUGGAAAAACUGCUAACUACUUAUGCUCUCUUUGGCAGACACUAGUUUCAUUGCUAUUUGAAACAAUAGCUGUUUUAUUACUUUCAUUUUGUAUUGUGGCUGCAGGUGAAAAGCAGUGAUGAAGCCGUGAUUCUAUGUAAAACUGCCAUUGGAGCUCUGAAAUUAAACAUUGGUGAUCUACAAGUCACAAAGGUGAGACAAAAUACAUAUUUUCUUGUUCAUAAUAACAAAACCUUUUUUGAAUUUGCUGUAUUGGACGGCUCUUGCAUUUUUGUGCAGCCCUUAGCUUUUAGUAGCUAUCUUCUAACAUAGGAGAGGGCAGACUUCAGGCCUUUAUAGGUACUCUGAAAAGCCAUUAGCUGGAGGCAGGAGCAAAAGACAUAAACUUAGAGUUGAAGGACAUUUUGUGUUUGAGCAGGUGCUGAUCAGCAUGAUUUGUUUUGGGUACCAGAACUGAGCUGAGUUUGGUCUCUUUCCAUGCAAAAAUCCAUUCCUGAUUACCCCCAAGCAUUCUUCAUUGUUACAGGGGGAGAGGCAUUUUGUUGCCAUUGUUAAACAAUUGAGAGUCAGAAAUCUUUGCCAUUGUACUGGACAUCAAGCAAGGAUCUACCAAUAUUGUGGACCUACUUCUCCCCAGGAUAUGUGGAGAAGACUAAAUUCUAUCUGCUUCUUGUGUUCCACUUUGUGUUACCGGAAAUGCAAUACAGUGGUACCUCUAGUUACAAACUUACUUCAUUCUGGAGGUCCAUUCUUAACCUGAAACUCUUCUUAACUGGAGGCGUUCUUUAGCUUCUUAACUGGAGGUGUUCUUUAGCUUCUUGCUGCCGCUGCGCCGCUGGCACACGAUUUCCGUUCUCAUCCUGGGGCAAAGUUCUCAACUCGAGGUAACUCUUUCAGGUUAGCGGAGUUUGUAACCUGAGGCGUUUGUAACUUGAGGUACCACUGUACAAUACAAUUUAAAUAAUCAAAAGUGUUGGUAUUUCUGAUAAGAUACUGUAUUGAGUUUUUUUUUUCCAAAUAAGAUGCUGAGUAUGUAGUAACAGUAUUUGUGCUUUUGACAUGUGGCAUUAUUAUUUCCAUUCUGAUGGCCAGAGAUCACUUUGGAUUUGAUUUCUUUUGCUGGUAUAAUCCAGUAACAUAAUCCAUGGCCCAUUAGAAACUGUUCACAAAAGUCUAAAUAAACAUCUUGCAAUGUGUUCAUACUUUGUACAAAUGAAAGCUGUUUAUCAGUUUGCCACAAGCAAAGAAUAGGGAUUUUCGAACCUGUAAACAUCUGUUUAGAAACUUGUUUUGGCAGUUAACAAGGUUAUUAAAUUUAUAUAAUGGAGGUUGUUUCAUUUUUUUAUAAACCACUAUUAGGAGCUGUAGUGUUCAAGCAGACAAGGAUAUACAGUUGUGGAUUUGUUUCUUCAGCAGAGUUGAGACUUCAGCAGGUCAAGUCCUAGUACCAGCAGAAAUAAAAAUAACAAAUAUGUUCUGAUCCUUAAGUUAAUGUGAUCACGCCAUUAUUUGGAGUUGUGUGUUUUUCUCUCUUCAAAUAUUGCUUAUAAUUGUAGGCAAGGUAUUGUAACAUGCUUUUGUGUGUAUGUAUAUAAAAUACAUGUGGAUUUUAAGGAUUGGUAUCACCUUUUUUCCCUUUAGGAGACCAUUGAGGAUGUUGAAGAGAUGCUGAAUAAUCUUCCUGGUGUGACAUCUGUUCACAGCCGUUUCUAUGAUCUCUCCAGCAAGUAUUACCAGACAAUUGGGAAUCAUGCCUCUUAUUAUAAGGAUGCAUUAAGGUUCCUGGGCUGUAUAGAUGUCAAAGAUCUCCCAGGUAAUGCUCUUUUCUUCCCAUAUUGAACAAAAUGCAUUUGUUUGUGCUGUGGAGACCUGUAUCAAAUGGAUUUAAUUUACUGUGCAGAGAGGGGAAAAAGAAAUUAUCCUCAAGAUUAUUGUUGUUGGAACCUGGAGUUUCAGGAAAAUAGGCCUAAGACAAAUAAUUUAUUGUACCUUUGUGUAUAGAAUGCUCACAUUUUUGUUGAAUGUAGGAGAAUAUAUGAAUGUGUGUGUGUACACUAAAAUGGGGUGUGGUCUCUCAGACUGUUGCUUGACCCAGAUCAUUCUUCUUUUCAGUGGCAGACCAGCAGGAGAGAGCCUUUACUUUAGGGUUAGCAGGACUCCUUGGGGAAGGAGUCUAUAACUUUGGGGAACUGGUAAGUAGAACUUAAUUGGUGAAAAUGUUCAGGAACCAGAAGCUAGCUACUAUAUCUCAAUGUCCUGCUUUAUUUCUAUCCUCAGCUUAUGCACCCAGUCCUGGAGUCUUUGAGGAACACUGACAGGCAAUGGUUGAUUGACACGCUUUAUGCCUUCAAUAGUGGCAAUGUGGAAAAAUUCCAGGCUUUGAAGUCAGCAUGGGGGCAGCAGGUAGGUGGCUGGUUUGACUGAUUGAAUAAGUACUUCCUCUUUGACUUGCUACUGGAAAGUAAAGCUUAUGCACUUCUGAAAACAGCUGGUAUAGAUUCAGAGUCUUCAAAAAAAAACCUUAGGGCAACAGGACCGAGUUCCCCCAUUAACUGUUUUAGAGUACUUAAGCCUUGGGACACGGGCCAGUUCAGGAAGGAUCUGCUGCAGAGAAGUUCUAAAUAACUCCAAAGCAUCCCACUUCAAUUUAAAAUCCAUGCUCUGAAACAGAUGCAUUGCCUGAUGUCUUGAACUGUGUAGUAGCAUUCAUUUUCUCACUCCCAUAGAGGAGAUGUUGGUUUAAUCAAUCUUAAUGGUUGCAUUUAGAAAUUAAACACUUCUGUUGAAUAAUUUACAAUGGUAGGUCUAAGGCUGUGGUUUCAUGACACAGAAGACGCGUGAAAUGAUGAGCGCUUUCUGUGUGUUGCAUGCAUCUUGUUAAAUAAAAGAAAACACAAUAAGGUUUUUGGAGUAACUAAAGUUCUCAUCUGUUAUGUCUUACAGCCAGACUUGGCUGCAAAUGAAGCUCUUCUUCUACAGAAGAUCCAGCUGCUGUGCCUCAUGGAGGUAAGUCUAGCAAUUCUAAAUUAUAUAAUCUGGUCCUUCCCUGUAGUGGUUCCCACUUGGGGCAGAACUUUUUAUUUGUAUUGAAAUGUAACAUACAGUAUAUUGCUAUUGAAGAUCUAGUCCACCUUUCAAAUAAUGUUUGCACAGAGGCAAACAAAGCUGGGGAAAUCAGGCUUUCUGAUCACUAUGUUGGGAACUUCUUUUUUCACGUAAGCCGAGGUUGGUUUUAACUUUAGUUUUACUUGACUGCAGAUGACCUUCACCCGACCAGCUAACCACAGGCAACUCACUUUUGAAGAGAUUGCUAAAAGUGCCAAAGUCACUGUAAAUGAGGUGAGUUGCAUUUGCAGUUCUGUAUGAGGGAAACAAAUGUUCAGGGACUCUGUGUCAUUCCAUUUUCAAAGACAUUUUCAUUUCAGAUAAUUCCUGUUAAAAUCGAUGCAAUUAAAUUUCCAGAUAGGCAUUUACAGCAAUCAUGAUCUUGGCCAUUUCCCCCUUCUCUGUUUGUUAAAUCCCUCUUUUUGAGUUGUAGCAAGUACUGAGACUGGUAAGUUGCAGUGAUUUUUAUGGAAACAACUGGAUGUGUUUCUCUAAAGCCAGUAAGGGACUCUUGGUUUUCUUUUCCUGCAGGUGGAGCUGCUAGUGAUGAAAGCCCUGUCAGUGGGUUUGGUGAAAGGCAGUAUUGAUGAAGUGGAUAAGAGAGUUCACAUGACAUGGGUCCAACCACGGGUGCUGGAUUUACAACAGGUAAUCACACUUGCUGAAAUCUCAGUGCAACACUCUCCUUUUAAAGCAUGGCAUGGAAUCUUAGUGAAAAACAGCUUUCUGGGGAGAAAGGGUAUGGUUUCUUUGAUUAAUCACACAGCACUUAUAUGUCUUCCUUUACUUCAGUGCAGAAACAGCUUUAUACGGUCACAUGUUGAAUUUAUGACACAUUGAAUACUUGGCUUAAUUCAGUUUUCUUCACAAUGCUUACUUUGUUUCUGACACCUUUGAAUCUCCCUAUCAAAACGUCUUGUCAUUAAGACAAACCAAUAAGACACACCACUGGGAGAUUGCAGUUUAUCUUUUCUCUAAAACAGGAUUUUAAUGUAGUCUGUUGCAGGAGACAUUCUGAUGCAGAAUGGUUAAAUUUGUUAUCUUUCGUGGCCCUUAUUUUGUCUUUAUGUAUUCAUUGUGCAUCCGUUGAGUCCAAGUUCCUAAAGUGCUUGUGGGUUUAUUUCCUAGAUAAAGGGCAUGAAAGACCGCCUGGAGUUCUGGUGCACAGAUGUGAAGAGCAUGGAGAUGUUGGUGGAGCACCAAGCCCACGAUAUCCUGACAUAGAGGACUUUGCACUGGCUGAGGGAAUGUCUUGUACUGUUGCUGAAACUGGCAGUGCCCUGACCACUGACUCUGUACUGAAUUCUAUUAACAGGGGGGCUAGGGGAGGAGGGAAAGAACUACUUUUCUGAUGCUUGUACAGAGGACUAAGUGGCCUUUGCUGUGUAACCCUUUGGUGCUUGGAGUCGGGAAUUCCCUCCUACGUGCUAAGCCAUUUGAUUAGCAUUCUCCUUGGGAGCUCCCAUCCUGCUGCCACCAAAGGCAAUAAGGACUCCUUCAUGGUGGAUUAAUCGGUCUUGGUGUGAGGCUGCCGCAAUGGAGGAUGUUUGGGGCUUAUGGGCUAAAGGGUGGAGGUCACUAGCUCCGCAGUGGGAUGGCAGCAGGACUUCCAUUGUGCAUUUAGGGUGUAAGAAGGAAGGGCCAUCUUCAGUCAUUGGGCAUUUCAGACGGACGUGGGGGGAGAGCAUGACCUUUCUCCCUGCCAGUCCAAAGGCAGCAUAAAUGAGAACAAAUGCCUCUUUCCCCUAGUCUCCCUCUGUUUUGCAGUAGAGGAAACUGCUCAAACCCCAUCAAUGAGUUUUCCAAGAAUAAAAUCAUAAAUUUAAUGGAUUUGUUUUUAUACUCUCCUUGGGUUUGCUCUUGUCUUUUAUGAACGUUUUAUCCUGAAGUGUGAUGCAGUCAAAUAACUGCUGGAAUAAACUUCUCUGCCUUCCCUCUUGCGCA